AUGCGCCGCGCCGCGACCGCGCCUCGACUCCGAGCGACGGAUCGCCCGACGCAUCAUCGCCGGCUCCACCCGGCUUCCACCGCAGCCGUCGCGACACGCGCGGACGCGGCUGAGCCGUCUCCGACCGGAACGACGGGGGCUCCCGCGCCGCGCGCCAAAGGCGUUAAGCUCCCCGCGUUCGAUUACACCGCGCUCGUCGCGUCCGUGUGCGAGGUGCGCGCGUUGGGCGUGCCCACGAAGGUGGAGCUCGCCGCGCAGGCCGACGCCUACACCCUCGUGCUCGGCCUGCGUGGCAUCGACGGAAACGUCGCGCUGCACGUGUCCUGGCACCCCGACGCCGCGCGCGUGUGCCUCGGACCGCCCCCGCCGAGGAUCCACAAGACCGAGCAGCUAUCGUUCGGCGAGCAGUGCCACGCGCUGCUCAGGAACCUCGUGCUGACGCGCGCGGCGCUGCCCGAGCCGUGGGAGAGGGUCGCGACGUUCUCAUUCGCCGAUCGGCCCGGAGACGAACCGCGGUUCACGCUGCACUGCGAGGUCAUGGGACGCAACAGCAACGCCGUGCUGGUGGACGAUGCCACGGGGAAGAUCGCCGCGUGCGCCUACCAGGUGGGAGCCGCGCAAACGUCCGUGCGACCGCUGUCGCCGGGGUUUGAGUACCGACCGCCACCGCCUGCGCCGGGCGUAGCUCCGAACGACGCGCCCGCCCUCGCGGAGUGGCGCGAUAUCGUCACGAGAGCGGCGGCGUUGCCGACGCCCGGGGUGGAGAAGGGUAUGGUUCGCGCGUUUCGCGGCGUGAGCCCGGCGCUCGCGGCGACGCUCCUCGCCGGCUCCGGCGCGAACGUCGGUUCCUCGGACCCUUCGCCGUCCGCCCUUACCGACGACGCGUGGCGCGCGCUCCACGAGGAGUGGCGGCGGUGGGUGGACGCGUUGACCGGCGCGGUGGACGCGCCGGCGGACCCGAUCGGCGCGGGCCUGACGCCGCUCUCGGCGGCGUCCAGGGCGGCGGACCCCGCGGGCGCCGGCGGGCCCGUCGGCGCGCUGUUCGCCGAGGUUUACGGCGGCGCGGGCGACGCCGACGUGUUCCGCCGGGAGAAGGACCGAUUGCUCCAAGCCGUCGGCGCCGCCGUGAAAAAAAAUCGUCAGAAGGUCAACUCCUUUCGUAAGCAGAUCGCCGAGGCGGAGGCGCACGAGGACGUCAAGACCCGCGCGGACGAGAUCAUGGCGUAUCAACACGGGUACCAGCAGGGAGCGAGCGCGCUCACGGUGUACGACUUUGAGACUGGGGAGGCUAAGGAAAUCCCAAUCGACGCGCUCAAGGGACCGGUUGCGGCGGCUGAGGCGCUGUAUAAAAAAGCGAGGAAACAGCGGAGGACCGCGGGCGCCGUGGAGCCACUGCUCGAGGCGGCGUCGCGCGAGGCGGAGUACCUCGAGCAGGUUGAGUUUUCCCUCCGGGAACUGACGGGGCAGGGUGGCAAGGAUGACGUUUUGGCGCUGGAGGAGAUCGACGCCGAGCUCGGGAAGAGAGGGGCAACGCCCUCGAAGCCCAAGAAGAAGGGCGGGCGGGACGAUCCGAUGAUCAACAUUCGGAGGUACGUCGCCCCCAGCGGGAAGGAGGUGCUCGUCGGUCGAAACAGCCGAGGCAACGAGGCGGUGAGCCUCUCCAUCGGCAAGGAUCAGGACGUGUGGUUCCACGUGCGCGGGGCGCCCGGCGCGCACGUCAUCUUGCGGCAGCAGCCCGGACAGGAGGCCAGCGACGAGGACCUUCAGUACGCCGCGGAUCUCGCCGCGUUUCACUCCAAGCUGCGAACGGGCGGGAAGGUUGACGUGUCGUUCACGUCGCCGAAAUUCGUGCGAAAGCCGAGCGGCGGGAGGUUGGGGAUGGUGACGAUUGACAAGGAGAGGGUGAUGCUGGGGAUGCCGGACGCGAGCGAGGCGGCGGCGGAGGAGGAACGCGAUCGCGCGGCGGGGAAGAAGACGGCGUCCUCUUGGUAG